AAAAAAUAUUAUAGGAAGUAGUACAGAUUUUUUUGAUAAUUAUUCAAAUUUUAGAUAAAAUUAACACAUUUUCAAAAGAAUGGAAGAAGAAAUCAUUAAUCUUUUAUAAUAUAAAUUAGAAAAAGAUGGUGAAGACGAUGAUAUAGAUUAUAAAAAUUAGCUAGAAGAGGAUACAAUUUAAUUUAUUGAAAGUAAUUUGGAAAAUUAAGAUGAAAGAUUAGUUGAAUAUUCUGAAAAUUUGCAAGAGCUAUGUGUUUAUGCAAUCAUAUUUUGCAUAACAAAUAUUUUUGUUUUAAUGGCAUUAAAGUCAAAGAAAGUCAAUUUUAACUAGAUAUUUGGAUUUAGAGCCCACUCUUAAAUGGUGUAAAAUGUAAUGUGGUUGAUGAUUUUCUAUUGUGGAUAUAUAAUCCUCUAAUAUUUAUCAUCUCUAUUGGAAUUAUAAAAUAUAUCUAAUUUUUGUUUUGCAAUCAAAUAUAUUAAUUUAAUACUGAUUACAAUCAUAUGCAAAAUCUUUUACAAUAAAAUGAAGGAAGAUGGAGUAUUUUUUUUAAGUUAAAUAAAAUAUUAAAAAGAUAUUAGUUUUAUAAUGGUAUUUAUAAGUGAUUAGUUACUUACUCUUGCUCCUUUUAUUAUGAAGCACGUUUAUUUGAUAAAUUUCCUACUAAGAGUUGAUAUUCCUGCUUACAAAUUUUAAGUAUAUGGGUUAGUUAUAUCCAAGUUGAUCAGAAUUUAUUAAUGUAUCAAGCUUUAUCAGGCUGAUCCCUAUAAGAACAAAGAUUUAUUAUCAAAUGUAGAAAUUUAAAACUGUAUCAAAUAUUUAGUUUCUUUAAUGUGCACUAUAUUGGAUUAGUUUUUAGUUUAUAGGAUAAGUGUAGACUGUGGCUUACUCAUUUCUCAUGUAUGUUAUAGUAUAUAUACUUACUAUUGGGAUGUUUAUGAAGAUUGGCAGUUAAAUAUUAAUGGUAUUUCAUAUUUUAGCUCUGAUGAAUUUAUAAAAACCAGGAAGCCACUUUUUAAUAAAAAAAUGUAUAUUUUUUCUCUUAUAUUUAAUGGCUUAGUUAGAUUAAAUUGGGCUAUAAAAUAUAUCUUUAAUUUUAACCAUUAUGAAGUUGAUUACUAUGUGUAUUGCUUUGAGAUUUCAAGAAGGUCACUGUGGAAUUUAUUAAAAUUAGACUGUGAAUAAUAUUUAUUAAAAGAGAAGUCAGAGUAAAAAAUGAAGGGAAACGAAGUUGAGUUGUCUUCUAUUUCUACUUCUGUUAAAAUAAUAAUUGAUGAAAACUCACCUAUCAAACAGAAUUCUAAAGAUGAUCAAAAAAACAAUUGAUUGAUUAUUAUUGAUUUUUUAUGUUUAAAUUUUUAAAAAUAAAUGACUAAACAUAUUUGUUUCUUUAUGUAAAUAGUUUGCGUUUAGUUAUUUUUUGUAAAUAAAGGCUUAUAAUUUCGAUUAAUAGUAAAUUUAAAUUUAAAGACAAUACAAGAUGUUUAAAUAAUUAAAUUUAUUUGUUUGUUUAGCA